GCUAGUCUUGCUGUUAGUGUACAGUAUGAAAAAAAAUUUAAUAAACGUUUAAUUACAUCAAUUAUUUAUCCACAAAAUAAACAAGGUGAACCAGUUUAUAAUCCAUGUGGAAAAUAUAUGGUUCGAUUUCAUCUUAAUGGUGUUUGGAGAAAAGUUAUUAUUGAUGAUACUCUACCAACUGAUCGUUCAAAUCGUCUACUUUGUUCAUCAACAACUAAUAAAAAUGAAAUUUGGGUUAGUUUAUUAGAAAAAGCAUAUAUGAAAGUUAUGGGUGGAUAUGAUUUUCCUGGUUCGAAUUCAACAGUUGAUCUUCAUGCAUUGACCGGAUGGAUACCAGAACUCGUUUCUAUUCAUCAUGACGAACCAAAAUUUGAUAAAGAUAAAGAAUUUGAUCGUAUGUUUGAACGUUUUCAUGCUGGACAUGUACUUAUCACAGUUGCUACACCAAAUAUACCAAAAGAUGAAGAAGAUCGUAGUGGUCUUGUUUCAAGUCAUGCAUAUGCUUUACUUGAUAUGCGUCAAAUUGGUGGUCAUAAAUUAAUAAUGUUAAAAAAUCCUUGGUCACAUUUAGAAUGGAAAGGUAAUUUUAGUGAUUUUGAUACUCGAAAUUGGACACCCGAAUUAGUAAAAGCACUUAAUUAUGAUCCUAAAUUACAAGUCGAUGUUGAUAAUGGUGUUUUCUGGAUUGAUUAUAAUAGUUUAUGUCAUCAUUUUGAAAAUUUCUAUCUUAAUUGGUCUCCAUCAUUAUUUUCUUAUACAUCAUGUAUUCACAAUUCGUGGCCAGCUCGACAAGGACCAGUGAAAGAUCUUUAUAAUCUUGGUGACAAUCCGCAAUAUGUACUUCGUAUUAAUCCAAAAGCACGCUCAUCAAUUUGGGUUCUUUUAACACGACAUAUAACUGAACGACAAGAUUUUGCUGUAAAUCGUGUAUUUAUAACAUUAUUUGUUUAUAAAAAUGGUGGAAAUAAAGUUUAUUAUCCAAAUGAAAUCAAACCUGUACAAGAUGGUGUUAAAACAAAUUCAGCACAUUAUCUGGUUAAACUUGUUACCGAUGAUGCUGAUAUAAAUGGACAAACAUUAUAUACACUUGUGGUUUCUCAAUAUGAAAAAAAUGUUGAUAUUUAUUAUUCGUUACGUGUUUAUUCAACGUGUGAAUUUAGUUUAACCCCAGUUCCAGAUUAUUAUAAUCCACGUUAUCAACAAGAAAUAACAGGUGAAUGGAAAGGUAAAACAGCUGGCGGUUGUCCAAAUAAUCCUUCGACAUAUAAAAAUAAUCCACUCUAUCAACUUGUAUUAAAUAAUCGUGAAGGAACUAAUCAUGUUAAAAUUGAAUUACGUGCACCAAAACAAUUUCAAGUUGGAUUUGAAGUCAUAUGUACAGAAACAAAAAUUUCUAAUGCUCCUGGAGAAUUUCAUAAAACAGAAUCCGGUGCAUAUCGAUCAGGAUUUUGUGUAUUAACACUUGAUAAUAUACCCGGUGGUACAUAUACAAUUCGUCCGGCUACAUUUGAUCCUAAUCGUGAAUCAGCUUUCUUUCUUCAUAUAGCAUCGUCUCAUUCGUGCACAUUAACAAAAUUAUGA